AGCCGCGCAGCCAGCGCUUUACAUUUUGUAGUAAUUUCUUGUUGUUAAAAUAAAAAAUGUUUUAAUAGCUUAAUUAAGUAAAAACAAGUUAUUUGGCAAGUCUUUAGGUACUGUUUGACAAUCAAAAUAGCUUUGAUUACCCCUGCACCAUGGCCAAACGUUUUCAGCCCAUGAAGGAGUUCGGCCGAAACAUGAAAAAGCCAAAGCUAGAUAUCAGCAUUAAUCGUGGUCCAGCACCCAGCACUUCAAAAACAUCGGAUGCAGUAAACAACUUUUGGGAUGACGAUGAUGAUGAUGUUAUUCUGCUGGCUUCUCAAGUGGCUGAAGCAGCUGUUGCCAAGAAGACAUCGUACUCGGACACCAACAAAUUUGGACACAAAAAUAUAUCCAUAUCGGAAACCGAGAUUACAUUUUCGGAAUUUGCUAGUGCGGCCACAACCAGUACCCAAAACCCUGCUGCUACAUACGAUAUACCAGCUCCUGACAUUCUAUCGCAAAUGUUUGACGAUGAAGAUGACGAUUUGAUGGCGGCUGUGGAAAAGCAAGAUCCCGUCGUUUUUAAAAAGCCAGCGGCCCCCUCUGCUACCCAAGCUACCCAGUUAUUAACAAAAACCAAACGAGAGGAUCCUAAAUUGCCUCCAAAAAAUAAUGAAACUGAGGACUUUUUUGAUUUUCGGCUAACACAAAAUAAUGCAACUGAGUUUCCAAACAACUCCUUUGCUGCUACCCAGCAAAGUACUGCCAGAAGACAGCAAGCAUCGGAAAAACAAAUUAAAUUUUUAAUGGAUAGGGUGGACAGUUUAAAGAAGGAAAAUUCCAAGAUAAGUAAUGAGCUGGCAGAGUCCAAAUCCAAAAUUGAGUCCAAGGAAGGUGAAGUGUCAUUGCUGCGCGAUGAACUGCGCCAUCUCAAACAUCAAGCUCAAAAUCUUAAAAUGGAAAAAAUCUUUAGUACUGAAGCUGCCAAAGGAGAAUGUCAGUCGAAAAUAGCUGAGUUGGCCAAAAAGGUUGAGGCCCAACAGGCUGAGAUCAGACUGAAAGAAGCCCAAGCCUCUAGAAUGAGAAUGAAGCAAGCAGACGAAACGUUUAAGCUACAUCAGAGUAUGGUAAUGCUUAACAGGACCGGCGUGAAUGAAGUGGGCAUUAGGCAGAAUGAAAAAAUGAGAAAAUGUAUGAUGAAAAUGCAGUGUCUUGAUUUGAACGGAAACUUUACAUCGGCGGAGAAACAAACAGAGCUAACACCUCCAAUAUUUGAUCACUCGCUAGACAAGGGUGGCACAGUCAAGCGCAAAACCCUAUUUGAAACAGAAUUGGAAACUAUGCAAACACUGUUGGCUCAACUACAGCUAUUCGCAGUACAUGAGGUGCCAGAAGACUUCAUGGCUAAGUGCCUGGAGUCGGUGUGCAAAGUCCUUCCAGAGUUUUGGGCCUAUACUCAAACAUUGUAUUUUCUCAAAUAUUGCGAAGUACAUCCUUACCACAAUUAUUCCCUAAGUGAUUCCAAAGUGUAUGCCUCCCGCCAAUUGCAACAGCCAACAGAAGUGUAUGAACGCGAACGUUGUCUUUGUUUCCGCAGAUACAUAGCCAUUUUGGCCUCCAUGUGCCAGAAGGAACCUUCGUUAGCUCUGGCUCUACUUCAGCACAAACACGGGGAAUACUUUCUGCUACAAAUAGCCACGGACUCAAUAGUAACAUUGGGCUUCGCUUGUGGUGUAUGCGAACAUUUUGGAGUUUUAGAGGCAUUUUCAGUUUGGCUUAAAAGCAUGUUGAGACACAUAACGGUGCACACCGAAACGAGUCAAUUGGAAAUGUUGAUGGAUCUAAUGAAACACAUAGUAUUUACCCGUCCCUGUGCUUGGAUAUUUCGUGAGAUAUCCCUCAGCGUAAUUGAAAGCUGUAGACUGCCGCAGUUACUUGACCUAUUGUGCAUAAAUAGUCCAGACAAAUCAUUUGUAGCUGAUCGUGUAAAGUCAACAUAUAGAUUUUCCAAUGACUCAUGUUUUAUGCAGGUUUAUUGUGGUCUUUUGGAAAUUGCAUUCCCCUUGAGUUCUCGCCUGCAUUUGGAACAUUUUAAACUGUUGGUUGACAUUUGCCUUAAUCAUAUACGCUUUACCUAUCAUUGUUUUGUACAACCGCCUAAAUUUAUUCACAAAAUGAUACCCAUAUACGAUGAUGAUGACGAAGAUGGUGAUGUUGUUGACUGUGAGGGUACAGUUAAAGUGGAAGAUUUAACCAAGACUCGUUGCUUUGAAACAACUGAACAGAAUUCAACAGCCAAAUCGGUGAUCGAGUCAACAAGAAUUAAAGUCGAUGCCACCACAAGUCAAUCAAACAGUACGGCUAACAAUAUAGUUCCUUCCACACAGUGUGAGUGUUACAUUAAACUCUGUCUGAGUGUUGUGACGCUGGUAUUUCAACUGCUGAGACAAUGGUUUUUCCACAAAAUGGAAUACUGUACCGAAGAAGUGAUCGAAAUAUCCCGCCUGUCAGUACAAUUGCUACAUAUGAUAUUCUGUGAUUAUUAUCUAACCUGUUUAUUUCGCGAAUCGGAGGCCACCACCAAAUACUAUUUAAGUUUAAUCACCAAAUGGUGGACCGAUCAUGCCAAAAAAUUAAACUUUAACGAAAUUGAUUUAAAAUUAUUACAGAAAAUACAAAAUUCCCAUUUUAUACCAAAGGACAUUGCUGAAGAAACUAACUUGAAUACGGUUAUGGCUGAUCUUACGGAAUGGCAGAAUAUCAGCAAUGAUGGCAACAAUGAUAUAAAACCCAACAGCCUGGAGGAGGCCCAGCAAAUUGCCAAUCGUUUAGAAUUAAUAGAGACCGCGGCGAAUGAAGAGAAAUUUUUUGAAGUUUUUAAAGGCUAUGCCUUUAAUUUUCAGUGAUUUUUUAAGAAACCCAUAUUUAAAUUCAACCCCAUUGUUAUCUCAAAGAAGUAAAGUUAUUGUUAUAAGCGCUCUAAAUAGGGCAUACAUUACAAUUUUUUGACAUUAUUAUUGGCUUAAAGCAAAUCAAUUUUGAAUAAUCAAGAAGAAGUAAGAAGAAUGCUGCUUAAUAAGAAUUUUUAUAGUACAACAAAGUUGUAAAUUGUUUACACUCUUAAAUAAAAAGAAAAACUGCAGUUGGAA